CUAUCUAUGCUUGCUGAGCCGACUCUUUAUAACGUAAUUAUACAAUACGUUGAAAUUGACUCUACCCAUGAUGCAAUGCGCAAUGAGUGUUUGAUUCUGUCUUUUUUCCCCUUCUCCUCGCUAACACACACACACACAAGCAAGUAUUGCACUCACUCACGUAGACAACUACUGUUUCGUCGUGGCUCUUUGCGUGGCGAUCACUCUCAUUACGAACAUAGGACAGGGUCUUUAAAGGUAGCUAACCAGCUGCCAGAUUUAAAUGUCUGCAAUUAUGUAUUAAAAAUUUUGAAGUGAUCUCUUCAUGGGGAAAUUUGUAACUGUCUAGAUUUGCAGUUGGUGACUCAAUUUAGUUUGAUAAUAUAUUUAUUCAUCAUGAGUGAAGCAUGUGAGUUACCUCCUUCAAAGGGGUCUACCGUCCAAACAAAACCAGACAGUGUAAUUGAGCAGAUGUUAACCACUGUCCAGGAUGGAGAACCUGAAGAAAAGCACUGCCUCAGUUAUGAGUGUGAUAUCAUAUUGGAAUGUAAAGUCUGUAGAAAUUUGUUUCGUGUUAUGCAAAGCUUCCUCAAUCACAAAAAAGUCAACUGCCUUCAGUAUCUCAUUAGCUUUGAUGUUCCUGUACCGACAAAAGAAAAAGAAAUUGACAAAACUACCAGUGAAAAUUCUAGACCAAUCACUAAGGAAAAGUCUGAUGAAAUUCCUUCAACUAAAGAACCAUCACCAGACAAGACAAUAUCCAAGACUGUUCCAAAAUCAAAAGGUAAAGCAGAAUCUUCUGAAACCAGUCAAGUAAAAUCUUCUGAAACCAGUCAAGUAAAAUCUUCUGAAACCAGUCAAGUAAAAUCUUCUGAAACCAGUCAAGUAAAAUCUUCUGAAACCAGUCAAGUAAAAUCUUCUGCAGUGUCACCUAAAGAAGUAAUACCUGUUGAAAAUAACGAUCCUAUGAAACUGAGGAAUUCCCGUAAAAGAGAUGUACAGCAAAAGGAAAGUAUUGUUUCAAAGAAAGACAACAAAGACAUCGUUUCUCAAAAACAAGACAGUAGCCAUAAAAAGGAGAGCAGUUCUCAAAAGAAAAAUGUCAGUGUCCACAAGAAAGAUAGUACCAGUGAUAAAAGAGAUAGUUCUACAACAAAACGCCAAAGUCUAUCAGAACAGAAAGACACAACAUCACAGAAAAGAAAUAGCAGCAGUCAUAGACGGGACAGCACUCCACAGAAAAGAGAUAGUAGCAGCCAUAGAAGAGAAAGUUCUUCUCACAGGAGAGAUAGCUCUGCUCAUAAAAGAGAUAGCUCUGUUCAUAAGAGAGAUAGCUCAUCUGAAAAGAGAGAGAUAACUCAUAGGAAAGAUCUGUCUUCAGAAAAGCGAGAAACAUCCCAACAUCGAAGGGAAAGAAGGGAAAGUAUUUCUGCAAAAGAAAAACAAAGUAGCUCUUCUGAGAAAAGUACUCCUCACAAAAGAGAACCUGAAAAACGGGGAAGUUUAACCACAAAGAAAGAUAGUUCAGAUAAAAAAAGGCAUGCUCCUCCUAGAAAAGUAAAUACUAAUUUGAAAGAUGGCCAUGAAAAAAUGGAUGUUAGUAAUAAUGAAACUUCUGGUGGCAUUGAAAAAAUGGAUGUCACUGUUGAAACAAGAUCAGUUGUAGCAAAGAAUCUAACUAACCAGAAAGGGAGUUCUCUUGGAAAAAUGGAAAUAGAUGACAAGAAUGAAGCUAGCACAGUGAAGCAAAAAGAUACUCUUGUACAAAACAAUGCAACUGUUCAGAAAAAAGAUACAGUGGCUGAGAAAAAUGUUUCCACCAAGAAAAAUGAUGUUGCUACUCAACAGAACAAAGAUGGUGGUCAGGUAAAGGAAACAAUAUCUGAAAAAAGUGUUGCUGCUACCAUUGAGAACAGGAACACUGUUUCUGAUAAAACAGAUACAACUUCUCAGAAAGAUGCUGUUAAUUUAAAUAAAGAAAAUAAUGUUGCUAAGAAUGAAGAGUCUCAAGAGAAAAGUGCCAUUAUUACUAGGAAAAAAGAUUCUAUACCUGAAAAAAAAGAUUCUAUACCUGAAAAAAAAGUUAUGGCUACUGAGACAAAAUCUCCCAGUUUUCAUGAAAAACCUUUUGCGAUUGGAAAAAAAGUUGUCAUUGUUGAAAAGAAGACUGUUGCUACUGAGACAAAACAGACUUCAAAUCAAGAAAAAGUGGUUGUUGCUGAGAAAAAUGAUAGCAGUGUUCAGAAGAAAGAUAUGGCAACAGAGACAAGAUCUGUUCAAAAAAAAGAAAGUAAUGUUGAGAAGAAAGACAUGGCAACAGAGACAAAAUCUGUUGAGAAGAAAGAUAGCUGUGUUCAAAAGAAAGACAUGGCAACAGAGACAAAAUCAGUUGAGAAAAAAGAUAGUGGUGUUGAGAAGAAAGACAUGGCAACAGAGACAAAAUCUGUUCAGAAAAAAGAUAGUGGUGUUGAGAAAAAAGACAUGGCAAUAGGGACAAGAUCUGUUGAGAAAAAAGACAGUAGUAUUCAAAAGAAAGACAUGGCAACAGAAACUAAAUCUGUUGAUAAAAAAGAUAGCAGUGUUCUGAAGAAAGACAUGGCAACAGAGACAAAGUCUGUUGAGAAGAAAGAUAGCAGUGUUCAGAAGAAAGACAUGGCAACAGAGACAAAGUCUGUUGAGAAGAAAGAUAGCAGUGUUCAGAAGAAAGACAUGGCCACUGAGACAAGAUCUGUUGAGAAAAAGGAUAGUGGCAUUCAAAAGAAAGACAUGGCAACAGAAACUAAAUCUGUUGAGAGAAAACAAAGCAGUGUUCAAAAAAAAGACAUGGCAACUGAAACAAAAGACAGUCACUUAAUAAUAGAUGGUAAAAAAGUACUUCUUUUGACAAAAGAGACUGGUGCGCAAGGAAAUAAUGUUGUUGGGGAAAAGGAAGUAUCUGCUGGAAAAUCAAAAGAAAACAAUGAGGUUCUUCCUAAAAUAUCUACCAACUCUGAAAUGACAACUGAGCAAGUUGCAGCUGUAAACAUUGCUUCUACUGCCAAUCAGACAGAGCCAAGUGAUAAAAAACUGGCUACAACUCAAAAAGAACUUGUUGAAAAUAAAGAUGCAGAUAAGAAAAUUGGAUUGAAUCAAGAUUCAAAUUCCAAAGUGCUUAAUGAACCCCAAAAUAUUAGCAUUCCAAACACAUCGGAAUUAAAGGAUGUUAAUGAAGACAAUAAGAAUGAUGCUUCAGAUAAGCUGAAUCCUUUAAUUGCUGGUGUUUUGGAUGCUUAUCAGCGCUUCAAGGAUAAGACACAAUCCCAACCAAAAGUAGAGGAUCCAGCAAGCAAGGCAAAUGAAUUAGACAUUAUCCCAGAUGCUAAUGACAAAAAUAACCGAUCUGAAAAAAAAGCUGAAGAACCUAGUGCAACUGAGAAGGAUGCUGCUGCCGAUAAGUCAAAACCUUCUGGAGAGCUGGAUCUGGACAAUAAAGAUCUGAAUGAUCCAGAGAGAUAUGAGUUAAGAAACAGAUUGCGUUGUCCAGAUUGUGGUCUCGAGCUGACCAAUAUGACUAAGCUUGCUAAUCAUAUGUCCAAGCAUUUGGCAGAAUCAAAAGGACAUUUUGUCUGCCCUAUUUGCCAAAAGGAAACUCGCCUUGAAUCAUUUUCUGAUCUUAUUUUGCAUUUAAGAGACCCACAUUUCCUCAAAGAUAAGCAGCUACUUCCUAUGUGGAGGAAUUUAAUGAAGAAUUGCUGGGUUGAUGAACAAGAUAUGUCUGCUUCAUUCCCUGUCAUUGAAGCUGUCAAACGAUCUGAGCGAAGCAAUGAGGAAGCAGUGCCUGAAAAGAACUAUAAAUGUCCUUAUUGCAGAAGGAAACCUAAGAUUCUUCGAUAUUUUUCAGGCCUCAUUGGCCAUUUACGCUCAGCUCAUGGCCUGAAACGUCAUCAAAUACAAAAGAUACAAACAAAACUUCGCAAAACAUCUGUGGUUGAAGUGGUGCACAAAAAAGAAAUCGAGAGUACACGGCGCAUGCUUUUUAAGUGCUCUUUCUGUUCUAAAACAUUCAGAAAAAAGGCCACUAUCAAACUUCAUGUGAAGACAUGUAAGAAACGAACUGUAGUUUCUGUAAAAGAAACUAAAAACAAAAAACCUCGAGGUAGACCAAAAACCUUCACCAAAAUUGUGUCAUAUAAAAGUAAAAAAGAUCACAAUCUUGGAGAGCGUUCUAACAUUGGUCCUAUGGCAGCAAGUAAUAGUGAGCUGUUGAGUGAUAACAGACCAGUUCCUCUGACCACUCCUUCUUUGCAUUCUAACUAUAUUGAAUCACAGAGUGCUGCAAGCAGAGACAUGGAACAUUGCGUUGAUGUUAAUUUAAUACAGCCUGUAAAGCUAGAAACUUUCUGGGUUUCAAAAACACCUGGAAAACCCUCUGAAUGUGUUAAGUCAACUGUCACUAAUUUAGAAAAACUGUGCCAGACACCAAGCAAAAUUUUCAAAUCAGAGCUUACAAAAAUUGGUAAUUUUCAGUGUUAUUCUUGUAAAAGGUACUACUCAGUCCGGCAACAUUUUGAACGGCAUGUUCAGUUAUGUACACAAAAUCGUAAGAUUGAAGAAAUAUCUGACUUUCAGGCUCUCCGUUGUCUGGAAUGUAAUCAAUCAUUUUCUUACUUACAACAUCUUAAAAGACAUGCAGCUAAGCAUUUAGGCUUAGACCGAUUUAGAUGUAAGUUAUGUAAUUAUUCAAGUUACUAUUGGUCUGACACAAAAUGUCAUUUGACUUCUCACAAAGAUAUUGAUUUUCGCUCUCCAGAAUAUUACAUUGUUAGUGUGUCUUCAUCUGAAUAUACCUCUCCUCAAGAAAUGUCCAAUUACUAUGGAUACCAGGGGAAAAAAAUUGAUCGUUCCCAGACAGUACUGAAGCGCCGUCAUGAACCUAGCCAAACCAGCAGUGGUAGUGGUGUUGUUAAGACACUUGUUCUUACUGAACAAGAUGGUAUGCUUAAAGUUGUCAGUGAUCCUAACCAAAUUGCCAAGAUGGUUGGCCAACAAGGCUCACCACCCUUGAAAAGGUUACGAAUAGCCACCGACGUUACUCAAUCUCCUGCAAUUAUGAAAGCUUUACCUGAAAUACAAAAAGCAAUUAUGACACCUAGUUCUGAAAAAAGAGAAUCUACAUUACUGACAAAAAAUCUUCCCUCCCCAACAUUAUCAGAUCCAACUCCUUCUGCAGAGCAGUUUGAACCUGCAACUGAUCCUGACAAACAGCACCAGUCCUGGGUUCGUAAACCUCUGAAGGACCCUGAUGCUCAACCUUUCACUUGGGAUGAUGAUGAAGAGGAAGAGACUAUAAUAGAGAGCACUCCAGUAAAAGCCAGUAAUAAUAGUAACACUACUAGUAGUACCUCUGAUAGCAAAGAUGAUACCAAUAAGUUGUUAUCUACUGAUAAUUUGAAAAAAUCCCCAAAUUCUAACAACACUCCAUCUGUUGACGAGACAUUAAAAGCAGUUAGUACUAUUGCUGUUACAGAGGAAAAACCCAUACCUGACCAGUUUUCUGAACCACCGAAACUGAAGAAAGAAAUUCCUGUGGAAACUGUUCGAUGUACUGUUAGAGACAUCAAGAUGGAAGACAAUCUUCAGAUGCCAAGCAUUUCAGGACCUGAAGUUGCUGUCAACUCAUCUUCAGUUGCAUCUGAUACAGUGAUGACUGUGAUGUUUAAUGAAAAUAAUGAUAUGAUCCUUGUAUCACCAAAUCCUAGCAAUUCUAAUUCAUCAAGCCAAGGAUCCACUCCUCAUAAAGAAUUUUUCAGAGUUUCUCACCCAGUUUUGUCACAAGUGAUUUCAUCAUCACAAUCAUCGUCAUCACAUUCAUCUUAUAUUUCAACAUCACAUUCGAAGCCCACUGUGUCUUCAGUUAUGUCGAAAACAUCAACAAAGCCAUUGAACAAGCCAAAAACCAUGUGGGACAUGCAGCAUAAAAAUGCACUCCGGCGCCUUCCCACACGGGGCUUGGUCUCCAAUUCAACCUUAUCAUUUCCUUCAGCAUCAAGGCGGGUAACUAAAGUGCCAGAUCCUUUACCUACCCCAGUUACUGCUACCACAUUUGUAAGUGUUACAACAGAAUCCAAUUCUACAUCAGUGAACACAUCAACAACUUCAUCACAAUCACAGUCAAUACCAACUACAAAGUGAAAUAAACAAAAGACAUUUCUUAAGAAGUAAAAGAAGAAAAUCUCAAAACAUAGAGGAAAAAUAAAUCAAGCUGUUUAUUAAAGUAACUCGAGUAUGAAGGAGAAAAGACAAUAUUUUCUUUCUUUAAAAUCUGAUCACCAGCCAUUAAAAUGCUUUGUUUCCUUUAAACUGUUGUUGGUAAAAUUCAGAACUAGAUUGAAGUGUUGAAUAAUUAUGUGUGUGAGUGUGUAUAAUAUGAUAGAAACAUACAUACGCACGGAUUUAUGUAUAUGUGUAUGCAUAUAUGUGUAUAUAUAUAUAUAUAUAUAUAUAUAUACAUAUACACACACACACAGAUAUGCAUAUAUGUGUAUAUAUAUAUACACAUAUAUAUAUAUGUAUACAUAUGCAUAUGUAUGUAUAUAUAUAUAUAUAUAUAUAUAUAUAUAUAUAUACACAUACAUAGAUGCACACAUAUUCAGAUAAUCACCCAGACAUACAUAUAACAAAUUUUUAUAUGAAUAGUUAUCACUCCAUUAAGAUUAUAAAUUAAAACAUUCAGCAACAAGAGAAAGAAAAACAAAAUACAAUUCCUCAAUAAAACUGUACUAUAAUAUUCAAUAUCGGAAGAGGUUGAACAAAGUAAAAAAGACUUUAUUUAUCUGUCAAAUUAUGAGUAGUAGUAAUCAUCUGUUUGAAACAUUUAAGCAGUGUCAUUGGUUAUUCAUUUCUCAUUUGGGGAAGAAAAAAAAUCACUCACGCACAUGCACACACAGACACACACAUGCAAUACAUACAAGGGAAACAACAACAACAUCCAAACAAACAAAAAUGAAAGAGUUACUCUUAGUAUUCAUAAAUGACAAAUCUGAGAAGAAAGGGUUUUUGAAAGAAAAUCAGAAAAGCGUAGCCUUAGUGAUUCCUACAUUACAGUAGCAUUUUUUUUUUAAUUGAAAAUUAUUCCACUCCUAAAUAUCAUAGCAUUUGUAUACAUAUACAUAUAUGUGUAUGUAUGUGUGUGUCUGUGUAUACAUGAUACAUUCACACGCACAAAUAAUGUGUAUUAGUGUGUAAAUAUACAAAUGCAUUAUAUAUAUAUAUAUAUAUAUAUAUAUAUAUAUAUAUAUAUAUAUAUACAUACAUAUAAAAUGUAUAGUGUUGGCUGUGUAUGUGUGAUGAAAUGAGUGCAUAUUUACAAAUAAUAUCUGUACAUGACAAAUAGAUCACAAUAAUGCUAAUAAUAACAAUUCAUCUAAUAACAUACUUCAUGUUUAUUUAGGAGGGUCAUAAGUGUAUGCAUGUAAAAUAUAUAUAUAUAAACAUAAUGUAUGUGUAUAUUUUAUUUAUAUGCACUUUAAGUCUGCAAAUCGUUUUAACACAAAGGUUAUAUAUAAAUGAUGAUUUUCUUAAACCCAGUCUGUGUCCUCUUCAUUCUUUUUUCUCAGUUACUAUCUCUACCAACCAGUCUUUAGAUAAAAGACUAUGGGGAUGUAUAUGUACUAUAAAUUUUCCUUGUGCUAAGCACCAGGAAUUAUUGUGUGUGUGUGCGUGUAUAUAUAUAUAUAUAUAUAUAUAUAUAUAUAACACACGUGUGUAUGUGUGUGAGGGUGUGCACUCUCCAUUUGAAAUACUGAUUUUCUUAAUAGCACAUUUAGUAAACCAUAUAAAGUGGUUCAUCUCUUUGAAUGCUUGUUUGCUGGACCAUUGUGGAAAAAUUUCUAUCAUUUUGCAAUUACAGUAAUAAGAGAGUUGUGGUUGCUUUUCAGAGCUAAAAUAUAUGUUUUAUUUCUCUACUUCUGGUUUGUUUUCUUUUCUAAUAUAUCUGUCUUAAAAAUAUUUAUUGGAUAAUCUUGUCAGGGCAAUCAAAAUUAUUUAACAAAUUGCAUCAAAUGCAUCUGAGGUUUUGUUUCUCCUUUUAUACUAUAGCAAGCCACAGCAAAAUUUGAUUUGAUAUACUACCAACAUGUCAUAUUUAAGGAUUAUGACGUAAAAAUUGGAAAUUAGAUUAGAAAAAAUACUUACAAAAAAGGAUUUGCUGAAAUUAUGCAUUACUUCUGCCACACACUUACACAUUAAGUUUCCAAACAAUCUUCUAAAAUAUUUCUUUUUUAUUUCUAUUGAAUAAUUUAGUAGCUGUUUCUCUUUCUUGAGUAGAAGCUAUUCAAUGAUCCUUUAUUCAUUAUGAUCUGAUUUUAUUAAGAUAAAUAGUUGUAGCGUAUUACUCUAACUAGAUUUGCAAAGAUUUCAUUUAUUUAAUUUCUUACUUCAAAUUAGUAUAUAAUAUAAUUCAGUCUUGGAUUACGACUAUGGAUAUAGAUUUAAAAAAUAAAGAAUUCUAUAGCUUAGCUUUGGUGGGUAGGGGUAGAUGAAAUCAAUUGUUUUAACUUACUUCAGUUCAUGAUAGUGAGUAUUCUGAAGGAGGACUUUUAUGAAUACAUCUCAGAUGUGAGAGCAAUAGUCCAAGGUUAUAUUAAAAGUUACUCAAAUAUUUGUCAUGUUUUUGUCUCAACAAAGAACAGAUCAUCCAAGGACUCUAUUGCUAUUAAAAAAAAUAUUGAAAUAUUUGAUAAAUGUUCAGAUAAUCUCCUGACAUGGAAAAUUGGUUUGGUAAUUUGGCCUGCCACUCUGAUUGGUUGUGUAUUCAAAUCCAUUGCAGGUAUUCUAUUAGCUAUUGGAGAAGACUACUUCAUUCCAUGUGCCUCAGUUCACCUAGUUGUUGGGAGAAAUUAUAAGAACAUCUAAGAAAGUUUCCUGUGACAUUUUGUCCAGGGGAAGAUUUGUUUUUCUUUUCACUUAAUGCUACAAAAACUGAUGUUAAGUAGCAGCAUAUAAAUUCCUGGAGUUUAUGAAUGGAUUAACUAUUUUAACAUUACUUAUUAUAACAAAUAUGUAUUUCUUUAAAUGUAAACAUAUUUAAUGAAUUUGAAAUACUACAACAUUAUAAGAAUUGUUUAACUUUGACAAAAGGGCAUUAAGGGAAACAUUAGUACAGCUAUCUUUGUUACCUUUAAAAUAUAUACUUAUAGUGCUGGCAAAGAUAAAUUAAAUGAAUAUUUUUUCAUUGUGAAAAGGAAUAUCAGAGGUUAUUUCCUUUCUUAGUUUUUGUUAGUGUAAAUUACAAGCAACUACAAAGAGUCUCUUGAAUGUAUUUAUUAGAUAGUUAACCAUUCUCCUGAUUUGUUUCUUUCAACAGCAAAUGAAGAGUUAGGAUUAUAAAUGACUGUGUGAAAGUUGAGUUGAGCCACGAAUACAUCAAUACAUUUAACAGAGUGCCUUAUGUUUACUUUUGUGCUUGCAUAUUUGUUUAUAUGAUUACGUGCAUGUGUGUGUUGUAUCUGAAUUUUCAGAACUAAACAUAGUAUUUGGGAAAUAAAUAUGUCAUGUUUGUUUUAAAAUCAUUUCCUUAGAUAAACUAAUUUGCUUACAAGAAAAUAUCUCUUUUGUGUAAAUCUUGAUACUUCAAAAUUUCCUGUGACAGAGAUUUGCAAAUGAAUUUGCCACCUUUUCACAUGUGGCAAAAAAUACCCUACAAACUGAAUUAUGCCUUAUAUGUCAUUAGCUUAUAUCUUGUGUGUUCACUGAGAAUAAGAUCUCAUAAAUUAUUGAAUCACUGAGUUUUCCUACUACAGAAUUGAUGAAUGUUUUUUUUUUUUCCUCCUUAUUGCUUGUUUAAAUAUGUUAAAUAUUUUCGUAUCUUAAUUACAUACUUAUUAAAUCUGAAGCUUGAUAGUGUCACUGGUGGUGAAACUUGCAGUCCAGAUGCCAAGCUCUGCAACCAACCAAACGUUUGCAAUUGUUAUCAAGCUACUCUUUUAUAGAGUGUUUGGCAAUCAAUUACUAGUUAACAGUUAAUAUUUGUUUCAAACAUAUAAAAAUAUAUAUAUAUAUACAUAAUAAUCUAUAUUUUUAUUGAUUAAUCGAAAGUACUUUGCUAGAGAUGGAAUUAUGUGAUGAAAAAAAAAAAUGGGUGGGUUUGUUUUCUUUUAUUUUUCAAUUUUUUUUUUGUCAUAAUGUUAUUUUAGUCUCCUUUUACAGCUUCCCUCUUCUAUGUAAGGCCACUUCCGUUCUUUAUGUUAAAUGUUAAAAUAUCCAGUUAUUCAUUUUGCUUUUGUGAUGUAUAGUUUUGCAUUUGAGAUGAACAUUACAUCAACAUUAGAUGAAUGUUACCUGUUGUUGUGUGCCUCAGAAAUGUAACAGAAAAGUAACGUUUUGUGGACUUAAAUGUUAACAUUCUGUAAAAUAUUUUUAACCAAAACUAUCAU